UCUCCCUUCCCUCAUCGAGAGUUUAUUACGUUGGUAUUAUAUGAGAAAUCAAGUAUUGUAUACAAUUCGUAACUUGCAUUAUUAAGAAAAGAAAUAUUAAUAUAAAGAUAACAUUAUUAUAAAUUGAUUAUAAAAAUCAUGAAAAUAAUUAAAAUUUCAAGACAAUAAUAAUAAAAACAAUAAAAACGAUAAUAAUGGACACAUUACACAAUAAAAUGAAGCAUUCAUUGAGCGGCGCAGAAACUUGCGCAUUCAACAAAAUGUGUAGGUUAUGCCUUCGCGUCGAAAAUCAUUUAAUAUCGAUAUUUACCGACAAAGAAAACUCAAAAUGCUUGGUUUCUCGUAUUCGAGAUUGUUGUCCUAUUACGUUGGAAGACGACAGACUACCGAAGAUGAUAUGUCACGAAUGCGAGGAAAAGGUAGCCGCUACGUUCGAGUUUCGCGAACAAUGCAGAAAAUCGGAACAUUUCUUGCGAUCAUAUUACGAAUCGUGUAUCUCGGACAAACUUGAUCUUGUUAAAAUAUCAGAUUACAAAACUGUUUUGGAUUACAAUGUUAAAGCUAAUUCAAAUAUGUGUACGAAUCUUGAUGUAAUCGAUUUGAACGAAGAUUCGGAAAAGAAUCAACAAGCAUUUAAUGAACGAAAAAGUGAAAAUUCUAUAUUAAAUACACAAUAUGAAAGAAAAAAAAUUUUUGAAUCAAAAAUUGUUCAUAAUGAAAUUGUGAAAGAAAAGGUAAUGAUGAAAUCAAUAUCACCAUUUUUUAAUGAUGAUCGAAAUCUUGAUGAAAAAGGAAAAAAAAAAAAAGAUAAGAUAAUCGAUCAAAUUUAUUUUUUUAAUAAUGAACAUAAAUACAUAGAGAAGGAAAGCGAUAAUAUUUCCAAGGAAAGUGGUGAUAAUACUUCCAAGGAAAGCGGCGAUAAUAUUUCCACGGAAAAGGUGAAAAUUUGUAAUGAUACAAUGAAAAUGCUAUAUCUGUGCGAUAUCUGUAGCAAAACUUUUGCUUCGAAAUCUGGAUUGCGAUUUCAUUUGAAAUCACAUGAUGCUGUAAAGUCUUAUCCAUGUCGAUACUGUGAUAAACGAUUUGUGAUUCCUAGUUACACCAAAAGACAUGAAAAAAUUCAUACGGGCGAUAAACCAUUUAUUUGUCAAUAUUGUAGUGUAACUUUUGCUUCUUCAAAUGGUUUAAAAUAUCAUUUAAGAUUGCAUACAGGUGAAGCAAAUUAUUCUUGUGAAAUUUGUGGCAAAUGUUUUUAUCGACAUAAAUAUCUAAAAGAACAUAUAUUCACACAUACAGGAGAGAAACCAUAUGUUUGUAAAACAUGCGGCGCUUCCUAUGGAAGUUCUGGCAGCUUAUUCGUGCAUAAGAAAAAGUGCAAAACUAUAUAAAUUAUUGUAUAAAAUAUAUAUAAAAAAUAAUAGACAUAAAAUAAACAAAUA